AUGGAUGAGAAAGAGGUAAAUUGUACUUCUCAAUGCUCUAAACAAACAAGUAUCGCUGAUGAAAUCUCGGUUUGUACACGAGUCCAAAAACAAAAUAUUUCUAUUCGAGACUCGCAUCUUAGCUGUCAAAAUCGCAUCAUUGAGAACUUUAUGAUAAUUUGGCUAGAUCCAAAUCUCAAUCAAUCUGAUGAACAAACUCGAACCGUCAUCAUGCAUCUUCGUUGUAUCGUCAAUUGUGUUGAAACAUUCGCUGACUUCGAUAGAUGUAUUAAUUAUAUAACAGAAAUCAAAGAUGAAGAAUUCUUCCUGAUUGUUUCGGGAUUACUCGACGAUCAUAUUAUUCUUCUCAUAUCUGAAAUGACUCAUCUUUUGGCGAUCUAUCUUCUACGGCAUAGUAAUCAAUCGGAUUACGAACGUUUGGCUCAACAGUGUAAUAAAGUGAAAGGCAAUUUCACAUGCAUCGAAUCUCUCUGUGAUGCACUCAAAAAGGAUGUCCAUCAUUUCGAAAAAGACCUUACGCCCAUCAGCACUAUUACUUUCUCGUCGAUUAAUAAUAUGAACGAACUAGAACCCUCGUUUAUGUAUUCACAAUUACUAAAAGAUAUUCUUCUAGAACGCGAAUAUGAAGACAAAGACAAGACAGAUUUUGUUCAAUUUUGUCGUCUUUUCUAUGACAACAACCGACACGAACUACCGACAAUCGAAGAAUUCGAACGAAACUAUACUCCUAAAUCGUCCAUCUGGUGGUACACUAGAGGGUGUUUCAUUUAUGCCAUGAUCAAUAAAGCUUUACGAACACAAAAUAUUCAUGUAAUCAUGAAGAUGGGCUUUUUUGUUCGAGAUCUUCAUAGACAAAUCGAAGUAUUUUAUCGUCAUGCAAAUCAUUGCUCUCCAUUCGCAGUAUAUCGCGGGCAAGGGCUCUUGCAUAGCGAAUUUGUGAAAAUGAAGAAAAACAAAAAUGGUCUUGUAUCAUUUAACAAUUUCUUAUCGACAAGCACCGAUCGACAGGUUGCGUAUCUCUAUGCCGAUAGCGCAGCUCAAAAUCCCAAUAUGAUGGGCAUCCUAUUUCGAGUAGAGAUCGAUCCAUCAAUUUCAACUGUUCCAUUUACAUCUUUGAAUAAUAUCAGCUACUUCGGUGAUACAGAAAAAGAAAUUUUAUUCUCAAUGCAUACCAUCUUUCGGAUGAUAAGUAUAGAACAGAUCGAAAAUAGAUUGUGGCAAAUUAAUUUGAUGUUGACUGAUGAUAAUGAUCAACAAUUGAUUUUGCUUAAAGAAAACAUAGGAAAGGUUACUCAAGGACCAACUUGGUUACAUAGAAUGGCGCAAUUGAUGUAUUACAUGGGAGAAUUCGACAAGGCCGCGGAGACAUUCACUUCGCUUCUUGAGACAACGUCUCUUGAUGAUUGUCAGUUAGUCGCUGAGAUUCAUCAUCAACUUGGUUAUAUCAAUGAGAAAAAAGACAACUUAGUGGCAGCUUUCUCACAUUAUCAGCAGUCUUUCGAUAUCUUCUCAACUCAUCUAUUGCCAAAUGAUCCUCGACUAGCUGUCGCCUAUACUGCAAUUGGUACCGUACGUCAAAAGCAAGGAGAUACUAAGGAAGCAGUAAAAUAUUUGCAAAAGGCUCUUGAGAUUGACAGUAUUGCUUUAGCGUCUGAUUCAGUGACGAUUGCAACUCGAUAUAAUAAUAUCGGAUUAUUGUUAAAAGAACAAGGAAAAACCGAAGAGGCACUCACAAACUUUGAGCAUGCACUCGGGAUCUACCUCGCGCAUCUUCCACCUCGACAUCCAUCACUGGCAACCAUCUACAAUAAUAUUGGUCUUGUACAUCGAUCAAUGGGAGAAAAUUCGAAAGCACUUAAUUAUUAUGAGAAGACGCUGGAUGUACGGCUAAAAUCUCUUCCACCAAAUCAUCCUUUGUUAGCUCAGAUUCACGGUAAUAUCGCAUGUGUGCUAGAUGACCUGCGGCAAACUAAAAGCGCCAUUGAACAUCUCGAACGAGCUGUCGAUAUUAAUUGUGCUGCAUUUGGCUCUGAUCAUCCGCAUGUUCAAGCCUAUCAGAUACUUGUCGAAAGAUUUCGAUCCAAACUGGCCUCAAUUAGUGAUGUUGAUAACUCGAAAUGA